AGAUACUUUCUUCUGUAAAUCAACGAUUUCUAUAAUGAGGUGAUAGGGAAGGACUUGUUUAGGGUCGUAAAGGAAAAAUUGGGUGCGAAUCUAAAUUCUAUUAUCGCAAAAAAGAUUGCUAUUGUCCCUGGCGAUGUCAGUUAUGAGGACUUGGGGGCGAAAGACUCUUCCCUGAGAGAAGAAAUGAUUAAUGAUUUGGAUUUUAUCCUUAAUUUUGCAGCCACCACCAGAUUUGAUGAGAGAUAUGAUGUUGCACUUGGUACCAAUGCACUGGGAGCUAAGAAUGUUUUGUGCUUUGCCAAAAAUUGCCUCAAACUGAAAUUGUUUAUUCAUAUAUCUACAGCUUAUGUUUGUGGGGAAAGUUCAGGGCUUAUAAUGGAGAAAUCAUAUCAACUGGGUGAGACACUCAAUGGUGUCUUAGGAUUAAAUAUUGAGGAAGAGAAGAAAUUGAUUGAUAGAAAAUUAAAUCAACUUCGACGUGAGGGAGCUACAGAAGCAAACAUUAAAAAGGCUAUGAUAGAUAUGGGGACUGAAAGAGCAAAAGCCUAUGGAUGGCCCAACACAUAUGUAUUUACCAAGGCAAUGGGAGAAAUGGUUAUAGGACAUUUGAAGGAAAAUCUGCCAGUUGUGAUUAUACGUCCUACGAUGGUUACUAGUACUUGGAGAGAACCUUUCCCUGGUUGGAUUGAAGGUGCAAGAACCAUCGAUGCCUUGACUGUUGGUUAUGGCAGUGGAAAAAUGUCGUUCUUUGUUGCUGAUCUUACAGCAAUAGUUGACGUGAUACCAGCAGACAUGGUGGUGAACACAAUAAUAGCAGCGAUGAUGGUUCAUGCAAAUAAUCAACCAUGUCAAGUAGUUUAUCAUAUAGGAUCAUCGUUAGGAAAUCCUAUAAGAUACUCUAAUUUUAGAGAUUACUUGUACUUUUACUUCACAAACAAACCAUGGAUGCUCCAAAAUGGGAAGCCAGUCAAGGUUGCCAAGCCUACAAUUUUGACCACAAUGGCUAACUUUCAUAGAUAUAUAGCAAUUCGUUAUUUGCCUUUGUUAAAGGUGCUAAAAUUGGCAAAUACAAUAUCUUGCCAUUAUUUUCAAGGCACAUAUAAUAAUCUCAACAGAAAUAUCAAACGUGUGAUGCGCUUAGUUGAGCUGUACCAACCAUACCUAUUUUUCCAUGGAAUUUUUGAUGACUCGAACACAAAUAAGUUAUUAAGAAUAGCUAAAGAUAAUGGUAUGGAGACAAGAGGACAAACAACUUUAGCUAAAGAUAAUGGUAUGGAGACAAACAACUUUUUUUUCGAUGUCAAGUCUAUUGAUUGGGAUGAUUACUUUAUAAAUACACAUAUUCCUGGUAUUUUAAAAUAUGUUCUCAAAUAAUAAUUGUUAUGAUAGCAAUGAAUAUCCUAUAUGUACUACAAGUCUAUCUUCCUUAUUUGUGUGUAGGAGUUUAUUUUUCCAAUCAGGGUACUAAUAUGGUUUCUCAUCAAUAAUAAUGACGCUCAUAUUUUUCUCUCGAUUA